AUGAUGAAAUGCCACGCUCUUCAAGUUCCAGAUACGCAAUGGAAUUUCUGUCCCUCCGCAGCCGCGUCCAUAUUAUUCAUGGUGCUCUUCGCCAUCACAACCAUCAUCCACCUCAUCCAAGCUAUCCACUACCGCUCCGCAUACUGCUGGGUCAUCAUAAUGUCGGCCUUCUGGCAGGUCUUCACCUACAUAUUCCGCACCGUCAGCAUCUACAACCCAGCCAGCUUUGACUACUACGCCACAUGGUUCGUGGUCAUCCUUGUAGCGCCGUUGUGGACCAAUGCGUUUGCCUACAUGGUAUUUGGGCGUAUGGUAUGGUGCUAUACACCUAAUGGGCGAUUGUAUGGUCUGAAGGCCUGGCAGUUCGGAUUCGUUUUUGUUAUCCUCGAUAUAAUAGCGUUCAUUGUGCAAGUUUAUGGUGCGGCCCAGGCUGCGACUGGGAAAGAUAAGACGUUGCAAGAGAAGCUAGAUGCCUUGCACAUAUACAUGGGCGGAGUAGGGAUCCAGCUGUUUUUUAUUCUCCUCUUCACUGUCUUUGGGAUCCGUCUUUUCCGCCAACUCCAGAAGUCGAACGACGACAUUAAUGCUGGCACGCAGAAGAGACCUGUAAUGAUGCUAUUUUACGCAUUGUUCCUUGCACUGGCUCUCAUAGUGCUACGUAUUGUUUUCCGCCUUGUAGAAUACUCUGAAGGCCUUGACAGCACGAUACCACGACACGAAGCCUACCAAUAUGCGCUGGACUCUCUGCCCAUGCUGAUUGCACUGGUAGUAUUUAAUGUUGUUCAUCCGGGGCGCGUCAUGGGUAGAGAGGAGACCAUGCCAAAGUUUUGGCAGAGGAACAAAGGAAACGCUAAGGUGCGGUUACGCGAUGUACCUCGAGUCACGCCCUCCGAGGAUAACUGA